AUGGCCGAAUUCUCGCGAUUGGUCGUGCCCAGACCGCCUCGGACCUCGGUCGAGAGCGAGCAAAAGUCCGAGUCCGUGUACUGGAAAUCCUACAAGGCGCGUUACUCGAGCUUCUAUGUGUACAGGUUCGACUCGAGCGCUAAUCCACUGUCUUGGUGCGCCUCCCACAGUCGCCCAUCUUUAUCAAGUCGUACGCGCCCGUGACCCACGUCCAGUUCUCCCCCUCGUCGCCGCAUCGCUACAUCGUCACCUCGGGAUCUCGUCUACAAAUCUACUCCCCCAAGACGAACCGCGUCGUCAAGACGAUCGCUCGAUUCAAGGAAACCGCCACGAGUGGAGAGCUUCGUCAUGAUGGCAAACUCUGCAUUGCCGGGGAUCACUCGGGAGCUGUGCAGGUCUUUGAUAUCAACUCGAGGGCUAUCCUCAGGACCAUCAAGGCCCACAAGCAGUCAGUAGAGGAGAUCCCGUCUUGGCACCGCACAGCAUGCUGAUUGACUCGCUGCUGCCCCACCAGAACCGUGCACACCACCAAAUUCUCCCCCGGAGCCGGAACGCAGAUCCUCACCACCUCGUCCGACACGACCGUACGGCUAUUCGACCUCUCCACCUCAGCGAACGUGCGCAUCUACCCCCGUCACACCGACUACGUGCGCUGCGCGUCCUUCGUCCCUUCGUCGCCGUCGCUCGUCUUUUCGGGAGCUUACGAUGGUACGGUGCGCUUGUGGGACUCGAGGCAGGCUGAACGGGAUGGGCAGGUGUGGUUGGGCAAGCAUGGUAAACCCGUUGACGAGGUUUUGGUUGGCGAUAACGGUACAUUGGCAUGUUCGGCCGGUGGACCGAUCCUUCGAGUUUGGGACCUGCUCGGAGCGACAACAAGCAGCAUCACGACCGUCGAUCGGACGGGCGACGAAGCGCCCGAAUACGAAGAUGACGAACGCUUGGACACGGGGACAAGUUACUGCGUCAGAGCGUUGAGUAACCAUCAGAAAUCGAUCACUUCGUUGUGUUGGGCCGAGGCGGAGAAUGGGGAGAAGCGUGUGUUGAGUGGCGCGUUGGAUGGGUUGGUCAAGGUCUAUGAUCCGCAGAACAAUUGGAAGGUGCGGCAUACGAUGAGGUACGGUGGGCAAGUUAUGAGUUUGGCCAUCUCGGUGAGUUUUGUAUUCUACCAUUUGCGGAGGUUAUGUGCUAUCAGGUAGCUGACGUUCUACGGAUCACUUUUGAUCCUGCGCAGCCGAAUUCGUCUCACUUGGUCGCCGGUCUCUCCGACGGGUCCCUCUCAAUCCGAACACGUGUCGCCUCCAAAAAAGCCGGUUUACCAACCGAGUUCAAAGCCCCUUCAUACGACGCUCUCCUAGCCGGUGCCGCAGCAGGUGGGGUCGUUUACGAAGGCAAGGAAGCGAUGGAAGGGAUGGGGGCGUUCGAAGGGGAGCAGAAGAUGGGCAAGGAUAGGAAGAAGAAGUUGAUGGAGUGGGAUCGCAUGUUGAAGGAUUUCAGGUAUGGGGAUGCGUUGGACUCGGUGUUGCGCAAGGUGAGUGCAGAGGACGGAAUAUGUCAGGCGCCUCGACGAUCUUCUGAUCUUGUGUUGGAUUUGGUGCCGCAGGGUAUCACAACACCCACGACAUUUGCAUUGUUGGAAGAGUUGAUCCACCGAGAUGGUCUGACGAUCGCCCUAGCGAACCGCAACGACCUCUCCCUCGAACCGAUCCUCAAGUUCCUCGUCCAACACAUCACCAACCCUCGCCACUGCAUCCUCGCUUCCGAUGUCGCUAACGCUCUCAUCGAAAUCUAUACCCCGACACUCGGGUUGUCCCCACUCGUGGAUGGUUUGUUCAAUCGUUUGAGGCGGAAAGUCGAUGAGGAACUCAGGUUCCAGAGGGAGUUGAUGGCUGUCAGGGGAGCGUUGGAUAUGGUGUUUGCUUCGAGUCAGCAGGGGAAUAAGAGGGCCGUCGCGAUUAACGCCAUCACUGUAUGA